AUGCAGAAGCCCAACAGCAAGAUCGUGCUGCUGGGGGAGAUGAACGUGGGGAAGACGUCGCUGCUGCAGCGGUACAUCGAGCAGCACUUCCUGGAGGUCAGCAUGGUGGGCGGUGCCCUCUACCUGAAGCAGUGACGCUCCUACAUCUCCAUCUGGGACACGGCAGGGCGGGAGCAGUUCCACGGCCUGAGCUCCAUGUACGGCCUGGGCUCCAUGUACUGCCGGAGAGCAGCUGCCAUCAUCCUCACCUAUGAUGUGAAUCACCCACAGAGCCUGGUGGAGUUGGAGGAUCACUUCCUGGGCCUGACAGAAACAGCCAGCAAAGACUGCCUCUUUGCCAUCGUGGGGAACAAAGUGGACCUCACUGAGGAGGGGCCCUUGGAGGGCCAGGAGAAGGGAGAGUGCAGUCCCAACUUGGACAGCAGGGGCUGUGUCUCCCCCAGGGUGCCUAAGCAGGUGCAUCUGGAGGAUGCGGUGGCCCUUUAUAAAAAGAUCCUGAAGUACAAUAUGCUGGAUGAGCAGGACAUGCCGGCCGCUGAGCAGAUGUGCUUUGAGACCAGUGCCAAGACGGGCUACAAUGUGGACCUCCUGUUUGAGACACUGUUUGACCUGGUGGUGCCAAUAAUCUCACAGCAGAGAGCUGAGAGGCCAUCACACACGGUGGACAUAUCCAGCCAUAAGCCACCCAAGAGGGCGAGAUCUGGGUGUUGUGCCUGA